AUGGCGGGACUUGCCCCAGCUCACACUGCUGCCCGCAGGUACCGCUAUUACCAGAAUGUGUGCACGCAAAGCUACUCCUUCGUGUGGUGGGACUGGGCCCGCUGGGAGCGAGAGAUCGACUGGAUGGCACUGAAUGGCAUCAACCUGGCGCUGGCCUGGAGUGGCCAGGAGGCCAUCUGGCAGCGGGUAUACCUGGCCUUGGGCCUGACCCAGUCAGAGAUUGAUGAGUACUUCACUGGUCCUGCCUUCCUGGCCUGGGGGCGCAUGGGCAACCUGCAUACCUGGGGUGGCCCCUUGCCCCACUUCUGGCAUCUCAAGCAGCUUUACCUGCAGCAUCGGAUCCUGGACCGGAUGCGCUCGUUCGGCAUGAUCCCAGUGUUACCUGCGUUUGCAGGGCAUGUCCCCAAGGCUAUCACCAGGGUGUUCCCUCAGGUCAGUGUCACCCAGAUGGGCAGUUGGGGACACUUCAACUGCUCCUAUUCCUGCUCCUUCCUUCUGGAUCCGGGAGACCCCAUAUUCCCCCUCAUCGGGAGCCUCUUCCUACGGGAACUGACCAAGGAGUUUGGCACGGACCACAUCUAUGGGGCCGACACUUUCAAUGAGAUGCAACCACCCUCUUCAGACCCCUCCUACCUUGCCGCAGCCACCGCUGCUGUCUAUGAGGCCAUGAUUGCAGUGGACCCCGAUGCUGUGUGGCUGCUCCAAGGCUGGCUCUUUCAGCACCAGCCCCAGUUCUGGGAGCCUGCCCAGGUCGGGGCUGUACUGGGGGCCGUGCCCCGUGGCCGUCUCCUGGUUCUGGACCUGUUUGCCGAGAGCCAGCCUGUGUACACCCGCACAGCCUCCUUCCAGGGCCAGCCCUUCAUCUGGUGCAUGCUGCAUAACUUCGGGGGCAAUCAUGGCCUAUUCGGAGCCCUGGAGGCUGUGAACCGAGGUCCCAAGGCUGCCCGCCUCUUCCCCAACUCCACCAUGGUAGGCACAGGUAUGGCCCCUGAGGGCAUCGGCCAGAAUGAAAUAGUCUAUGCCCUCAUGGCUGAGCUGGGCUGGCGGAAGGACUCAGUACCAGAUUUGGCAGCCUGGGUGACCAGCUUUGCUGACCGACGGUACGGGGUCUCCCAUGGGGAUGCAGAGGCAGCGUGGAGGCUACUGCUCAGGAGUGUCUACAACUGCUCAGGUGAGGCCUGCAGUGGGCACAAUCACAGUCCGCUGGUCAAGCGGCCAUCCCUGCAGAUGAACACCACUGUCUGGUACAACCGAUCGGAUGUGUUUGAGGCCUGGCGGCUGCUGCUAACAGCUGCUCCCACCCUGGCCACCAGCCCGGCCUUCCGCUAUGACCUGCUGGACAUCACUCGCCAGGCAGUCCAGGAGCUAGUCAGCUUGUACUACGAGGAGGCGAGGACUGCCUACUUGAACAAGGAGCUGGUGUCCCUGCUGAGGGCUGGAGGCAUCGUGGCUUAUGAGCUUCUGCCUGCACUAGAUGAGGUACUGGCUAGUGACAGCCGCUUCUUGCUGGGUAGCUGGCUGGAGCAGGCCCGGGCAGUGGCAGUCAGUGAGGCCGAGGCCCAUUUCUAUGAGCUGAACAGCCGCUACCAGCUGACUUUGUGGGGACCAGUGGGCAACAUCCUAGACUAUGCCAACAAGCAGCUGGCGGGCCUGGUGGCUGACUACUACACCCCCCGCUGGCGGCUCUUCAUGGAGGCACUAGUCAACAGCUUGGCCCAGGGCGUACCUUUCCAACAGCACAAGUUUGAGGAGAAUGUCUUCCAGCUGGAGCAGGCCUUUGUCCUCAGCACACGGAGGUAUCCCAGCCAGCCACAAGGCGACACUGUAGACCUGGCCAAGAGGAUGUUCCUCAAAUAUUGCCCCCGGUGGGCAGCUGGCUCUUUAUGACAGAUUAACCACUGUUGGACUCUUGUGCUCCCCAAACUCCAGGCCAGGGCAGGUUCCUGGGGUCUGGAGCUGGACAAGCAUCACAGGAUAUCCCCAGGCCUGGGAGAAAGACCCAAGGCCUGCUGGUGGGGUCGGGUACAGAGGGCUAGGAGGGGGGUGA